AUGGAGCAGGAGGGAGGGGAGCUCCCUCCAAAAAGUUCACCACAACUGGAUGGUGCUCCGGCAGAGGCGGCAACGGAUAUUCCGGCGAGGAAGCCGGCCAGGCAGCUGGAUUUCAGUGGUGGCGCAUUGAAAUCAGUGAGUUUGGCGAUGACGGAGCACCAUCAGCCACAGCAAAUACCAAAGCCGAGUCAGCCACAGUUAGUGAAGCCUAGACAGCUGCCGAAGCCACCGCAGCUGCAGCAACAGAUGAUAUUUAUGCCGAAUCAACAACCUCCGCCACCAACUCAUCCUUCAGUGCGGCCUGUUGUGAAACCCGAAUCCCCGAGAGCAAGGUCAAGGCAGAACGUAAAUGAAGUAAAAGAUGGUACUCCAAAAAAGCAAAAGCAGUGUAACUGCAAACACUCACGAUGUUUAAAGUUGUACUGUGAAUGCUUUGCAUCUGGAGUAUAUUGCGAUGGAUGCAACUGUGUGAAUUGUCACAAUAAUGUUGAAAAUGAAGCUGCCAGAAGCGAAGCAGUUGAAGCUACACUGGAGCGUAAUCCAAAUGCCUUCAGGCCAAAAAUUGCUAGCAGUCCUCAUGGAACUCGGGAUAUAAGGGAGGAGGCUGGGGAUUUAAUCUUGGGUAAGCAUAAUAAAGGAUGCCACUGCAAGAAAUCGGGAUGCCUUAAGAAGUACUGUGAGUGCUUCCAAGCAAAUAUUCUUUGUUCUGAUAAUUGUAAAUGUAUGGACUGCAAAAAUUAUGAAGGAAGUGAAGAGAGGCAGGCUCUAUUUCAUGGAGAUCAUGCCAACAACAUGGUGUAUAUUCAGCAAGCGGCGAAUGCUGCCAUCACAGGUGCUAUUGGAUCCUCUGGUUAUGGAUCUCCUCCUAUGAACAAGAAAAGAAAAGGUCAGGAGCUCUCCUUUGGAGCAAUAGCAAAAGAUACCGUCCACGGGGUUGGGCAGUUCCAACAGGCUAACGAAAUCAAGCCUUCUGUACCCUCCUCUUCCCCGUCGUCACUUCCUGGUGCUCGUCCUGGUACUGGGUCUGCGUUGGGUCCUUCAAAAUUUACUUACAGGUCUCUCUUAGCUGACAUCAUCCAGCCGCAGGACUUGAAGGAGCUAUGCUCAGUGUUAGUGGUAUAUUCAGGAGAGACUGCCAAAAUGCUUGCAGAGGAAAGAAAUACUGCAGAGAAGCCGGCAGAGGAUUGCAGCAAAUUCUCACUGCCUUCAUCAACACAAGAUAAUUGUCAAAGUCAGAAGGAUCAUGGGACUAUGAAACCUUUGACUGAUGAUGUCUCAAGUGGAAACCAUGCCAAGAAGGCUUGCCCUGACGCAUCUGUUUCAGAUGAAGUUGAUGUAUCAAAAAGAAGGCCAAUGUCUCCUAGUACAUUAGCACUAAUGUGUGAUGAACAAGAUGUGAUGUUUACCACCACUACUACUGUUAAUGGAUUAGUAGAUCAUAGUACCGUGUCUUCCCAGUUGCCGCAAGGGAAAGGCCUCCCUGAAGCCUAUAUUGAGCAAGAAAGAAUUGUUUUGACAAAAUUCCGUGAUUGUCUUAAUCGGCUCAUUACGUCAGGAGAAAUAAGAGAAACGAAAUAUUCUUUGUUGGCACGACAAGACGAAACAGAAAUAACCAGCAAUGACACUAUAAAUGUGAGAAGUGAAAGCAGGACUCAACAGCCUACUAACAAUGGUGUUGCAAAAAUUACUGCCAUGCCACUCAUGACAUCUCCAAUGGCUACUGCAGUAUCUCCGUAUAAUGGCGGUCCCAAUUUGAUAACAUCAUCCCCUUCUGAAUAUGUGGGUGUACAUUCACAAACUGAAAAAGAGGCUUAA